AUGAAUUUUUGUAUUCUUCAAUUUGUGGUUAACGCUGAUAAUAAAUUGGAAUUGACUGUAAAUGUGACAUUUACAAAUGUUAUGUAUAUAUUAAAUCCACAAUAUAAUCAUCCAUUUUAUAUUCAAAUUCACUCCAUUUUUCCGGUUCCAAAUCCAAUGUUUAUUCCAAACGAGCAGAAAUUUUCAACUGGAGUGAGUAUUCCACCUCCAAACUUUCCAAAUCCAUUUAUUCCUCAAAAUGGUUAUUUAUGCGUACAUAUAACUUGUAAAAAUACUGGCAAUAAUAGACAAAAAGAAAUUCUUACUAUUGGAGACCAGCAUUUAAGAAAUAUUUUUAUUCUUAAACAUAAUGAAUCAAUCGAAAUUGAAAUACCUGAUUAUUGCAUUAAAACAGAAAAUUUUAAAUUCGCCGUAACUCAUUAUGUUCCUAAUGAAAAUGGACAACAUUAUUGUUUUGCUAAUGGAGAGAAUGCAAAGCGAAAUAAUUUCAACAAAUGGGUUUACUUUUCUCUUAUCAAUUUAAAUUAG